AUGUCAGUAAAGAUUCUGCCAAAAUCUACCCACGCAGUGAUACUGUCAGUGAUUUGUUUGUUAACAAACGAGGCUGAUGUUAAAUUUAUCCAUAUCUAUCUAUCUAUCUAUCUAUCUAUCUAUCUAUCUAUCUGUCUCAGUCUGUUCAUAUCUAUCUAUCUAUCUAUCUAUCUCAGUCUGUUCAUAUCUAUCUAUCUAACUAUCUAUCUCAGUCUGUUCAUAUCUAUCUAUCUAUCUAUCUAUCUAUCUUCCGUCCAUCUAUCUAUCUAUCUAUCUCAUCUAUUAUCAUCCAUCUAUCUCCAGUCUGUUCAUAUCUAUCUAUCUAUCCAUCUCCAUAACCAUCUAUCUCAGUCUAUCAUCCAUCUAUCCCAGUCCGUUCAUAUCUAUCUAUCUAUCUAUCUAUCUAUCUAUCUAUCUAUCUAUCUGUCUGUCUCAGUGUUGUUCUAUCUAUCUAUCUAUCUAUCUAUCCAUCUAUCUAUCUAUCUCAGUCUGUUCAUAUCUAUCUAUCUAUCUAUCUAUCUAUCAUCUGUCCCAUCAUCUAUCUAUCUAUCUAUCCAUCUGUCUAUCUGUCUGUCUGUCUCAGUCUGUUCAUAUCUAUCUAUCUAUCUAUCUCAGUCUGUCUUUCCAUCCAUCCAUCCAUAUCUAUCUAUCUAUCUAUCUAUCUAUCUAUCUCCGUCCCAGCAGUCUCCGUUCAUCUAUCUAUCUAUCUAUCUAUCUAUCUAUCUAUCUAUCUAUCCAUCUAUCUAUCUGUCUGUCUCAGUUUGUCCAUCAUCUUCUAUCUAUCUAUCUAUCUAUCUAUCUAUCUAUCUAUCAGUCUGUCUCUAUCUAUCUAUCUAUCUAUCUAUCCAUCUCUAUCUGAUCUAUCAGCAUAUCUAUCAAAUUUCCAUCUAUCCCCAGUCUUUUGUUCAUGUCUCUAUCUAUCUAUCUCUAUCUAUCUAUCUAUCUGUCACCGUGUUAAUAUAUCUAUCUAUCCAUCUAUAUCUAUCCAUCCAUCCAGUCUGUUCAUAUCUAAUCAAUCCAUCUAUCCAUCCAUCUAUCUAUGUAUAUAUCUAUCUAUAUCUAUCCAUCCAUCUAUCUAUCUAUCUGUCUGUCUGUCCAUGUGUGCAUCUAUCUGUCUAUCUCUGUCUCAGCUGUGUAUCUAUCUAUCCAUCUAUCCAUCUAUCUAUCUCAGUCUGUUCAUAUCUAUCUAUCUAUCUAUAUAUCUAUCUAUCUGUCUGUCUCAGUUUGUUCUAUCCAUCUAUCUAUCUAUUUCUAUCUAUCUAUCUAUCUAUCUAUCUAUCUUGUCAUAUCUAUCUAUCUAUCCAUCCAUCUAUCCAUCUCCAAAUCUAUCUAUUAUCUAUCUAUCUAGAAAUCUAUCUAUCUAUCUAUCUAUCUCUGUCUGUCGGGAAUCAUAUCUAUCUAUCUAUCUAUCUCCAUCUAUUUCUAUCUCCGGUUCAUCCCAUCUAUCUAUCAUCUAUCUAUCUAUCUGUCUGUCCCAGUUUGUUUUAUCUAUCUAUCCAUCUAAUCUAUCUCAGUCUGUUCACAAAUCCUAUCUAUCCAUCUAUCUAUCCAGUUAAUUCUAUCUAUCUAUCUAAUUAUCUAUCUAUCUAUUCAGAAUCUAUCUCCAGUAUCUGUCCAUCUAUCAUCUAUCUAUCUAUCCAUCUGUCUGUCUCAGUUUGUUCAAUCUAUCAAUCUAAUCUAUCCAUCUAUCUAUCUAAUCUCGGUCGUCUAGCUUCAUCUAUCUAUCCAGAUCUAUCUUUUGUUCAAAUCUAUCUAUCUAUAUUAAAAAUCUAUCACUGCAAAACGUUAAUCUAUCUAUCUGUCUGUCUCAGUUUGUUCAAAAUCUAUCUAUCUAAAAAUCUAUCUAUCUCCAAAAAAAAUCUAUUAUCUGUCUGUCUGUCCCAUAUAAAAAUCAAUCUAUAUCUAUCUAUCUAUCUCAGAGCGGAAUCUAUCUAUCUAUCCAAUCAAAAAUCUAUCUAUCUAUUUCAUGAUUAUUUGUUCAUAUCUAAUAAUAUACGUCAUCUAUCUCAGUCUAUAUUUCUAUCUAUUAUCUUCUAUCUUUUAUACAAAUUUAUCUACCCCAUAAUAAUCUCUCUAUCUAUCUAUGUAGAGUCCCCUCUUUUCUUUCUUUUUUCUUUUUUCUUUCUUUCUUUGCCUCCUUCUCCAUAUAUGUUUGUUUCUUUAAUCUCCUACAUUUCUUUCUUUCUUUCUUUCUUUCUUUCUUUCUUUCAAAAAAAAAAACAGCGCCUCACUUAUAUCCUUUUCUCCCAUCUUUCCUCGUAA